AUGCCCCUCCGAACUCAGGCAGUGCAUCCUGAGAUCUUUCGCAGUUGGGCUCCCGUUGCAGAGAGCAGGCCGGUUGGUGCCACCUUGAUGGGAAGAGUGGCCUUACUGGUAGGCAUCAAUGAAUACUCCGACGAAGUCGGGACACUGCAAUAUGCAGUGUCAGACAUGAAAGCAUGUCAGAAGGCGCUGACCAACAUUGGGUUUUGGUGUAUGACAUGCGAGAAUCAACCUCGCAGCAAAUUCCUUGAAACGUUGCAAAACUUCCUUCAACUUGUCUGCGACGAUGAUGACAUCGUCCUUUUCAACUUCAACGGGCAUUGCGAGCUUGUGAACGAGGACGGCAAAGACAAACCAGCAUUAAUUUUCGAUGGUCGAGGACUUGAUGAUUCAGGACAGCAAACAGGCGGGCAUGUGAUGCUUGAAGAGGUAAGUAUGCAACUGAUGAAGGCCAAGUGCAGCUACGAUGCCGAAAUCCUACUCCUGAUGAACUGCUGCCGCAACUACAGGAAGCCAGAGACAUCUCUGAAAACGCUGAGUGAACGGAGUCAGGUACACGCCAUGGGCAAGAACACCCAUGGUCGGGGUUUGACAAGUAUUUGGGCAUGUUCUGUCGGUCACUGGGCUGCGGAUACCAGCAGCUUCAGACAAGGAUUGUUGAGCUGCAUAGGGCAAGAGUGUGACUUGUGGCAGCUGCACAAAAGUAUUUCUAUCCAUGUGCGAUCCCACAACAUGAACACAGAGGGCACCCGUUUCCCAUUGUGGCAGAGGCCGUGCAUCAGCGCAAACACCGAUUCCGAUCGAAACGACUUCUUCCUGCCAGAUUGGUCAAGGGCAAGCUUUGGUCAGAAAACGUAUCCGGGAGCUCGUCUUAAGCAUUAUGCAGCCCAAAGCCAUCGAGAAACCCAAACAAGCCCACGGAUGAUUACCCUAGCCACCCCAGCGUCGUCCCCCCCUGCCAUCUCGGGUCCUGCCUCUUCCCCCCAGCAAAAUCCGGCCCAGAGCCGGGAAACGCAAACGAGCCCGCGCAGGCCAAUCCAGCAAGCAACCCAGACAUCACCUCAGCACUCGGGCCCCACUCCUCCCACCCCAGUCGGUCGUGGUGAUGCAGUCCGGCAGCCAGCCCCAGAGCUUCAAGAGCCAGAAACCGAGCUUGUCCGACACCAGGAGGUUGUCCCAGAGGUGGUGCGACCCGUCGGACCACCAUCUCAAACCACCCGGGACCAUGUUCAAGCCCCUCUUAUGUUCAUCUUCUGUGCGAGCUUGCACCUCACCGUUUGGCUUCUCUUUUGGUUCACGCGGUGCAUACAGCUGCGAUGCACCGGGUGGUCGAUUGAGGAUCUGGCAAGAACCGGGUGGUCGAUGCAGGAUCUGGCAAGAUGUUGGCUGCGAUGCACCGGGUGGUCGUUUAAUUUGAUGACGAUCUCCAUGUUCUGGGCCUCCCUGAGCUACAGCCAACGAGGACAGCAUGCAGACACUCGGAUUGGCGCAGUCUUGUCUCGCCAUUGGCCAGUCGUCGAGGACUGCGCGGUUGGAGUAUGGUUUCCGUGUUUCGUAUCACUGGCACAAGGCUAUGCAGAUCGUGUGGAGCGAGAUGGACAACAAAAGGCGGUCUGCUAUUCUUUGACGACAUUCCUGAUGACCUUCAUGGCAAAAGAUAUCGCAAAGGAAAUGUUUCGUGAAUGGCGUGCUGUAGCCACUCCCGCUGUGCUGGCGCGUGCUUUCAUCAUGUGGAGGCAAGUCUUUUUGGCAGCAUGUCUGCAGGUUUGUUUAGACAUUUAUGGGUGGUUUGCGGUAAGGUCAAGUGGGGCAGCGACAACUUCCAGCAAGGCACCACGGUUGUGGUUGAGGACACCUGCAGCUGUUGCGGGUGCCACUGCGGACGUUGUCGCGGAAGUCGGCGAGGGCGCCAAGCGGACCGUCCAGGUCGCUGGCACAGCCGUCUGGCGUAUAGUGUAUGGGCUCAGAGACAUUCACUGGUUUAUAGUGUGUGGGCUGGUAUUGACUUGUGUGCUCGAUUUCCGAUCCACGAGACGGAGUAAAGCCUUUACCCUUGUUUUGACUGGGUACUCAUUCUCGACGAUUCUGAAAGUCGCGGCCUUCAUGGGCACCCAGUACGCAUCCCUUGACGUGUGUAUAUCAUUCUGCUUUGCCAUGGCUCUGUGGAGAAAGGUAGCGCAGAAUUUCCACCUUCUGCAGCUGCCCAUCUGA